CCCCAUUCUAACCGGAAGUGUCGUAUGUUGGAGUUGUCCACGCAUCCCGGAAGUGAGACGGAGAGAUCGGGAGAAGUUUGGGCUCGCGCGCACAUCUCUUUUAGCUGGUGUGUUUUGUAAUUAAUUUAAAGGAUGAGUCUGCAGUGGACGGCGGUGGCGUCUUUCCUGUACGCCGAGGUUUUCUUCGUCCUGCUCCUCUGCGUGCCCUUUAUCUCCCCCAAACGAUGGCACAAAAUCUUCAAAUCUCGCCUGGUGGUUGCCAUAACGACCUACGGGAACACGGCCUUCAUCGUCAUCCUCUGCAUCCUCGUCUUCCUCCUGGUUGAUGCCUUCAGAGAAGUACGGAAGUACAGUGUGACCGACAAGCUGGAUCUCUCCAACAACCCUGUGGCCAUUGAGCACAUCCACAUGAAGCUGUUCAGAGCUCAGAGGAACGAGUACAUCGCCGGCUUCGCUCUGCUGCUCUGCCUGAUACUGCGACGUCUGGCCAGUCUCCUUUCCCAGCAGGCCACGCUCAUGGCUUCCAACCAGGCCUUCCAGAAACAAGCCGAGAGCGCGAGCGAUGCCGCCCGGAAGUACAUGGAGGAGAACGAGAAGCUCCAGGAGAAACUGAAGGAUGCCGGAGUGGCGAUUCCGGAGGCGGGAGGCAAAGUGAAGGGCAGCGUGGAGGAGGAGAGCAAGGCCUUGAAGGAGGAGGUCAGGAAGCUGAAGGAUGAGCUUGAAGCCACCAAGAAAGCACUCCAAAAGUCCGACGGUGAUGUGAAGGCGAUGAAAAAGCAGGCGGAGAAUCUGACCGUGGAGUACGAUCGCCUGCUGGAGGAGCACUCCAAAUUACAGGCGUCGUUUGACUCUCAGCAUGAUAAGAAGUCAGACUGAUGGAGGCGACGCCACGCCACCCCUCUUCCUCCCCGACAACAGGUCCACGCAUCACUUCCUGUCGCUGGAUUGUUCUGUACAGGAUUGAGGAGCGAUCCCGUCCUGUAUGCUUUAUUAUAUGUCUAAUAACGCUGCUCUCGGUGUGUCACGUAUCCACGGUGUCUAUUUUUAUUUUGUUUCCCUUUAUAAAAUAGUUACAGAUGGAUUCCUGAA